UCAGGCCGCCAGGGUGUUUCCGGUCCCAGCAGUUGUUCUGUCAAAUGUUGAUCAUUUUAGCUGAACCCUUUUCCUAAACUUAUAUAUCCUAAACCUGCUGCGAAAAGUCUAAUAUCCACUAGUUACCACACCCACAAAGUAAAGUUACCACUGCCACAUAGUUGGCUAUAAUCGCAAAAAUGUAUGAAAACAAAAAUAAGCCUUAAUUUAAUAAUCUUAGGCGUAAAAUUCCCAGUGUGAGUAAGGUUUAAAAUCCCAUUUAAGAAGAUAAAAGAGCUGUUUCUGACUUUGUGGCUGUGGUAACCAGUGUCUCCGCUCCGCCUGACAAACCAAACACCAACAGAGACUCGGCAGCGACGGACGGACGGUUUCCCGAAGCACAAAUGGCUGCCACCGGAGUCCUUCCGUUUAUCCGGGGGGUAGACCUAUCUGGAAACGACUUCAAAGGAGGUUACUUCCCUGAGCAUGUGACUAUGAGCAGUCUGAGAUGGCUGAAACUCAACAGGACCGGCCUGUGUUAUCUGCCAGAGGAGGUGGCUGCACUGCAGAAACUGGAACAUCUGUCUGUGAGUCACAACAGCCUGACUACUCUACAUGGAGAACUGUCCAGCCUGCCGAACCUCAGGGCGGUGGUUGCCCGGGCCAACAACCUGAAGAACUCUGGAGUUCCUGAUGACAUCUUUCAGCUGGACGACCUCUCAGUCCUGGACCUGAGCUUCAACCAGCUGACUGAGAUCCCCCGCGACCUGGAGAACUCCAAGAACAUGCUGGUGCUCAACCUCAGCCACAACAGCAUCGAUGCCAUCCCUAACCAGUUGUUCAUCAACCUGACUGACCUGCUGUACCUGGACCUGAGUGACAACAAGCUGGACAGCCUCCCCCCUCAGAUGAGACGCCUCGUCCACCUGCAGACCCUCAUCCUGAACAACAAUCCCCUGAUGCACGCCCAGCUACGGUACCACACAUUAUAACACAUUAUAACCAUCUGAAU